ACGAUGAGUCGCCAGUUCACCUGCAAGCCUGGAGGAGCCACUGGCAACAGGGGCUUCAGCGGCUGCUCAGCCGUGCUGGCGGGAGGCAGCUCGUCCUCCUACAGGGCAGGUGGCAAAGGGCUCGGUGGAGGCUUCAGCAGUCGGAGUCUCUACAGCCUGAGGGGCGCCCGGAGCAUCUCCCUCAAUGUGGCCAGUGGCAGCGGGCGCACGGGGGGAUACGGGUUUGGGCGGAAUAGGGCCAGUGGCUUUGCUGGCAGCAUGUUUGGCAGCGGGGCUCUUGGGCCUUCGAAUACAUCCCUGUGCCCGCCUGGAGGCAUCCACCAGGUCACUGUCAACAAAAGCCUCCUGGCUCCUCUCAAUGUGGAGCUGAACCCCGAGAUCCAGAAGGUGCGCACACAGGAGCGGGAGCAGAUCAAGGCUCUGAACAACAAGUUCGCCUCCUUCAUCGACAAGGUCCGCUUCCUGGAGCAGCAGAACCAGGUGCUGGAGACCAAGUGGGAGCUGCUGCAGCAGCUGGACCUGAACAACUGCAGGAAGAACCUGGAGCCUCUUUAUGAGGCUCACGUCAGCAGCCUGCAGAAACAGUUGGACGCGCUGUCUGGGGACAGAGUGAGGCUGGAUUCCGAACUGAGGGGCAUGCGGGAUGUGGUGGAGGACUACAAGAAGAGGUAUGAAGAAGAAAUAAACAAGCGCACAACUGCUGAGAAUGAAUUUGUGGUGCUUAAGAAGGACGUGGAUGCAGCGUACAUGAGCAAGGUGGAGCUGCAGGCCAAGGUGGACGCCCUGGAUGGAGAGAUCAAAUUCCUCAAGUGUCUGUACGAGGGGGAGCUGUCUCAGAUGCAGUCCCACAUAAGUGACACGUCUGUGGUCCUCUCCAUGGACAACAACCGCAACCUGGACCUGGACAGCAUCAUCGCCGAGGUCAAGGCUCAGUACGAGGACAUCGCCCUGAAGAGCAAGGCUGAGGCCGAGACGGUGUACCAGACCAAGUUCCAGGAGCUGCAACAGGCAGCUGGCCGACACGGGGAUGACCUCAAGCACACCAGGAGUGAGAUCUCCGAGCUGACCCGGCUCAUCCAGAGGCUGCGGUCGGAGAUCGAGAGUGUGAAGAAGCAGUGCUCCAAUCUGGAGACAGCCAUCGCUGACGCCGAGCAGCGAGGUGACUGUGCGCUCAAGGAUGCCCGGGCCAAGCUGGAUGAGCUGGAGGGCGCUCUGCACCAGGCCAAGGAGGAGCUGGCCAGGAUGAUGCGAGAAUACCAGGAGCUCAUGAGUGUGAAGCUGGCCCUGGAUAUAGAGAUUGCCACCUACAGGAAGCUGCUGGAGGGCGAGGAGUGCAGGAUGUCUGGAGAACACACCAAUGCUGUGAGCAUUUCGGUCAUCAGCAGCUCUGUGCCUGGGACAGUCGGCGGCGCAGGCGCCAGCUUUGGGUUCAGUGGCGCUGCCGGCACCUACGGCUACCGACCCAGCUCUGUCGGUGGGGGCUACAGCGUACUGUCUGGGGGCUGUGUCACUGGUAGUGGGAAUUGCAGUCCCCGUGGAGAGACCAAGACCAGACUGGGUAGCGCAAGCGAAUUUAAGGAAGCUUCGGGAAAGAACUUGGCUUUGGGCUCACCCACAAAGAAAACCAUGAGAUAAGCUGACAGCUGGUCCCUCCCCCCU